AGAAAUCCAAUGCAGAGUGAAGGCUGCUUUGCCAUUCUAAAGUCUAUCCAAGCAAAUUCAGAGUCAGCUGUAGAGUCAUUGGAUUUUUCUGAUAUUGUAGUAAAUAAACAAUUUGAUGAUUUGCACACUGUUGUGAAAACAACUAUACUAAAUUUGACAGUCAAACUUGGAGGGAAUUCUGAAAUGUUCAAAAGACGCUUCCCAAAGGCAGAUCAAAUUCAAAAAGUUAAACAAUAUGCAAAGGAGAACAACCUGCGGCUGUCUAAUUAUUCAGUCAAACUGAUGAACAGGUUGAUAUGCCUCUUGAAGACUUUAAACAGACAUUAACAGUUGCUGGUAUUAUAAUGCCAAAAGAAGAAAUACAACAACUAAUAGACUUUCUGGACAAGGACAAAACAGGCUUUGUUGAUUUCAG